AUGGAGCGCCAAGCACAAAAAGUGGCGUCAGAUGAAAGACUGGUGGCAUCAACAAAUGUGGCUGUUGGUGAGCAGCCCCGCGCAGCUUUGGUUUUACUAGAAUCCGAAGGUAUAGAAAACAACAACAAUCAGACUGGAGAUGUUUCUGAGCAGCCCACAGCUUUGGUGUUACCAGAAUCCGAAGGCAUAGAAAACAACAACCAUCAGAUUGGAGAUGUUUCUAUGCUCGAUGAUGGGUCGGAGUCCGAGAAGGAGAUCCAUCCUAUCAACACAAAGCUCUUGCAGGAUGUGAUGAGGAAUUUCCGGCAACAGAUUAGACAAUUUGAUCCUUCUCGCAGCCCAUCAGAAAAGUGGAGCCACUUGGUGCAAUGGUUUGACAUCACCGACAUGCGGCUAAGAUUUGCGCACAGCAGUGUGUCUCGCACUUUUCGACAACCGCCCCACAACGGCUACAAACUCACCGAGCUUGUGGAUAGCUUUCUUCAUGGCGAUGAGAGGCCAGAAAACAUGCCUCCAUUAGUUGCUGUCGAUUGGGAUGGCAAAUUGUGGGUGGUGUGCGGCAACCGUCGCUUGUGGACUCUUCGAGAGUUUGUCCGGUAUUGGACGCUAUGGGAUCAACAAACGACGGGCUUGAAGCGAGGCUCAGAUGAUGCAGCGCGGGACGCAGAGAAACAACACCACUGCAUCUUUGUGGGGUCCGGGGUCGCCAACUUUUGCGGUUGCAAGGUUUCGGCUUGGCGACGAGGGGAGGACCUUGGCCCUGCCAAGUCGUCGCCGACUCACCUGAAAUUAGAUGACCUGGGCAACGAGGCCCUCUUUGUGGUGGUUGCCCCGCCGCCCUCGGAGCUGGUGCUCUUGUCCGACGUGCUUGAGGUGCUUCGAAGUCUCGGCAGUGGCAAAGGCAAACGUGUCCUCUGGAUCCAGGACUGGAGCGCUCGUGCCACAGGUGCUGCAGGUGGCUCUGCAGAAUGCAUCAAGGCCUACUACGAUUUACUGCUGCAUGGGCUCCACUCGGUGGAUCCGCAGCUGAUGUCGGAGGUGGCGGUGCGAUGGCAGGGCGAGGCCAUCUUGUCGGGGCCUUCAGACUACUGGACCUCAGUGAUUAAUGCAGGUCGGCAGAGUUCUUUGGAGGCCAUCCGAGGAGCUUUGGCGGAGGAAGAAAACUUGGACAGUGCUGGGCAGGUGGUUGCUACCAUCAUGCACUUGGGCGAUGUCCUUGCGCUCGCGGGAGGACGUGACGUAGUGCUGUGCUCUGGACCAUCUACAAGGAAUUUAAAUGCUUUGGCGGCGAAGCAUGCAGAAUCUUCUGGUUUUUCUGCGCCUCAGAUUGAAACAACUGAGCCGCUGUCCUUGAGACUUCAAGCUAAAGGCGAAGGUCUCGAGGCUGAUACACAGAUCCUUGUCACGGACAAGGAGAUGGAUAUCAACCGCAAGUUCAAGAAGGCCUUCUGUGAACCUGGCAACGUGGACUUCUGCCCUCCUGUGAACUGGGUGGAGGCUUUGCUUUCGAAUUUCAACAUGGACGAGUUUGUGGUGAAAAGGAAAGAGCAGAAUGGUGGGGAUUUGGAGUAUUCCUCCGCGGAACGGCUGAAAGAGGAGUUUGGGGAAGAGUCGCUUCACCCUGGUGAUUUGAAACCAUCCUUGGCCAAGGCCAUGAACGCUGCGAUGCUGUCCAUCCGAGAUGGCAUGAAGAAAGCUGAUCUCAAAAAGGCGCAAAAGAAGCUGGACAGCUAUGCGAAGUCCUUGCAGAAGAAAAAAAAGUGA